AUGUCAUUCUUUUUAGGUCAAAUCUAUGAAAAAUUCAGCAAUUUAGAUAAAGAUAUCAGAUUCAUGGCCACCCAUGAUCUCUGUAAUGAAUUAGAGAAAGAAAAUUUUAAGUUGGACCCAAUGUAUGAUGGCAAAAUUGUUACUAAAUUAUUAGCCCUUACUGGUGAUUCUGCAAAUAAUGUUCAAGAAAAUGUUGUAAAAUGUUUAGGUUUAUUAAUUAAAAGAGUUAAAGAUACACAAGCUACAGAAAUUAUUGAAUCAUUAUCAAAAAAUAUUUUAGAAGAGUCAUCAAAAGAAGAUUUAGUAGAAAUCUCAUCUAUUGGUUUAAAAACUAUUAUUGCCAAUUUACCAGCAGAAGGCAACCAAAUUUCAGGUUUAGUUAUUAAAAUUUUAACACCAAAGUUAUUAAAUGGUAUUGAUAGUGCAAAAUUAAAUGAUAAAAAUGAAAUUAAAAUGUCAUGUUUGGAUAUUUUAAAUGAUUUAUUACAAAAAUAUGGUUCUUUUAUGGUUCAAGAUUUAGAGACUAUUCAAAAAGUUGUUUUACCAAAAUUAACAGCAACUAGACCAGCUAUUAGAAAGCGUGCAAUUUUAUGUUUAGCCAAUAUAGCCGCUUCAUCAACAGAUGCUCUUUUCAACAAUCUUAUGGAGUUUAUUAUUAAAUCAAUUGAAGAUACCAAAAAACCAGAAGUUAGAUUCAACGCCGAUCAUAUUGGUACUUUAAUUCAAGCCAUUGGUGCCAUUUGUAAGUCAAGUGGUUAUCGUUUAGGAAAAUACCUUCCAAAAUUAAUGCCAUUUAUUAUUGACUAUUGCAACAUUGCCUCAGAACAACAUGAAGAACUUAGAGAGAAUUGUUUACUCUGCUUUGAAGCCAUCAUUGAAAAAUGCCAAAAAGAUGUUACACCAUAUUUAGAAGAAAUUAUUACUCUCUCAGUUAAAUACAUCAAAUACGAUCCAAACUAUUCUGAUGAUGGUGACGAUGAAGAAGAAGAAGAAAUGCAAACUGAUGAAGAUGAAGAAGAAGAGGAAGAAGAAGAAGAGGAUUUAAGUGAUGAUGACGAUAUUACUUGGAAGAUUCGUCGUUCCUCAUGUAAAACAUUAUGUGCCAUCAUUUCAACUCGUCCAGAAUUAAUUUUAACUUUAUUUGAAAAAGUUGCUCCAAUUCUCUACAGUCGUUUCAAAGAACGUGAAGAAAAUGUUCGUCUUGAUAUUUUUACAACCUAUGUAUUACUCUUAAAACAAUUAAAUAAGAAAUUAGUUAAUCCAAAAGCCAAAGAAGUCCUCGAAUCUCAAGUUCCCAAAUUAGUUCAAUCAAUUAGCAAAUCAUUAGUUGAUAAAUCAAUUAGAAUUCGUGUUGGUGCCAUUGCUUUACUCAAAGAAUUGGUUUUAGUUAUUCCAGGUUCAUUAACUAAUCAAAUUAAUCAACUUGUUAGUGGAAUUAAUUUAUCAUUGGGCGAAAAGAACACCAAUUCAAAUUUAAAAAUCGAAGCUUUAGUUUUAUUAAAACUUUUACUCACCAACCACCCAGCAGAAUCAUUUGAAUCACACGUUUCCUCAUUAAGCGGUCAAAUUGUUAAAUGUAUCAAUGAUAGCUACUAUCGUAUUGCAUCAGAAUCUCUUCGUGUUUGUCAAGAAUUUGUUGUAGCUUUAGGUAAAAUCCGUCAAAAUGUUGAUAGUUGCAAUAAAAUUAUUCAAUCAUUAUACAAUGCUACCUUUACUCAAUUAAAGGCUCAAGAUAUUGACCAAGAAGUUAAAGAAAGUGCCAUCUCUUGUACUGGUACAAUUAUUGCUUUAUUUGGCGAUCUCAUCCAAAAUGAAAUUCAACCAUGUCUUUCAAUUCUUUUGGAUCGUCUUGAUAAUGAAAUUACAAGAGCAGUCACUGUUAAAGUUUUAUCUCGUAUUGUUAAUAGCUCAAUCAAAAUUGAUCUCUCUUCAAUUCUUCCAAAAUCAAUUGAAUUACUCUCAACAUUCCUUAGAAAGAACAAUCGUGUUCUCAAACAAUCAUCAUUAGUUGCUCUUAAUGAUAUUGUUAAAACUAUUCCAAACGCUCUUCCAAUUUCCUUACUUCCAAAUAUUCUCAAUGAAAUUUCAUCAUUAAUUAACGAAUCAGAUCUUCAAAUUACCCAUUUAGCAUUUGUUUUCAUCCAAAAUCUCUUAAAAUCAAACUGUGAAAAAGAAGCAGCUCCAUUAGUCAAUGAUAAAUGCAUUCCACCAACUCUUGUUUUACUUAAGAGUUCACUUUUACAAGGUGUUGCUCUUGAAUCACUUUUAAAUCUCUUUGGUACUAUUGUUCAACUUAACCAACCAGGUAUGACAUUCGAUGACCUUUUAACUCUUUUAUUCAAUACUGCUGCUGAUAUCAAACAACCAGUUACUCGUCAAUCAUUCAAUUCAAUUUCUCAAUGUAUUGCUGUAAUUACCGUUAAUACUACAGCCGAAAAGAGAAAGAGUACCAUUCACAACCUCAUCUGUAAUUUAUCUUCAGUUAAUGAGCCAUUAGUUUUACUUUCACUUGGUUGUCUCGGUGAAAUUGGUCGUCGUGUUGAUAUUCACGAAAAUGCCAAUCUUCAAGAACAAGUUUACAAAACAUUUGAAGCCAAUAAUGAAGAAAUUAAACAAGUCGCUGCUCUUUGCCUUGGUGAUAUCGCCGUUUGUAGUUUAGCCACCUAUCUUCCAUUCAUUUUAGAACAAAUUAAAAACCAACCAAAGAAACAAUACCUUUUACUCCAUUCACUUCGUGAAACCAUCGUUAAAUUAAGUCAUAGCGAAACUGGUAUUAAAGCAAUUCACCCAUAUAUUCAACAAAUUCUCCCAAUCCUCUUUGACAAUUGUGUCAACGAAGAAGAAGGUACUCGUAACCUUGUUGCUGAAUGUUUAGGUAAACUUUCAAUGCUCGAACCAACUGAUAUCAUUCCAAAAUUAGUAGAAAAGAUUACCUCAUCAUCACCAUUAGAACGUUCAACCAUUGUCACAUCCAUUAAAUUCUCAAUCAUGGAAAAUAAAGCUACCGUCGAUAAAUUCCUUGCUCCACAAAUUCCACAAUUCUUUGUUUUAUUAAAUGACAAUGAUUUAGUCGUUAAACGUUCAGCACUUUUAUCACUUAACUAUAUCGCUCACAAUAGACCAACUCUCAUCCGUGAAAAUCUCACCACCUAUCUUCCAAUCUUGUACAACAAUGCUAAAAUUAAACCAGAACUUAUUCGUGAAGUUGAUCUUGGUCCAUUCAAACAUAAAGUUGAUGACGGUAUUGAAAUCAGAAAGACUGCUUUCGAAUGUAUGUAUACUCUUCUCGAUACUUCAGCUGAUAAAAUCGACGUACCACCAUUUAUUGCCUCAUUAUGCGAUGGUCUCAAAGAUACCCAAUACGAUAUCAAACUUUUAUGUCAUUUAAUGAUCAUCCGUUUAGCUAAUGUAAAUGGUUCAUCUCUCCUCGAAAACAUCACCACACUCUUGGAUCCACUCAAAGUUAUCCUUACCACUAAAGUUAGUGAAACCGCUGUCAAACAACAAGUUGAACGUAAUGAAGAAUGUAUUCGUUCAGCUUUACGUGCCGUAGUUGCUAUCUCAAGAAUUCCAAAUAGCGAAUCCAUCGUUAAAUUUGAAGAUUUUGUUAAAACUGUUAUCCGUUCAACAAACUUAUAUUUACAAUAUAAUGCUAUUCUUUCCGAAGAUAAUACCAAUCAAGACUCAAUGGACACAUCAAACUAA